GUAGCCCACAGAGAAGCUGCUCUGUCCAAGUCCUGCCCCAAACAUCACAAAGCCAUGAGGACUUGCAGCCUCCUCCUCGUCGCCACUGCCGCCGCCGUCUUCGCCAUCGCCGCCCCCGUCUUCGUCAUCGCCGCCCCCGUCACGGAGAACCUCGUUGGGGGAUGGGGCGUUAUCCCCGACGUCGAUGACGCCCACGUCCAGGAGGUGGGCGCGUGGGCGGUGGAGGAGCACGUCAAGCGCGCCAACGACGGGCUCAGGUUCGGCAGGGUGGUGCGCGGCGAGGAGCAGAUCGUGGCCGGCGUGAACUACCGGCUGGGCAUCGUCGCGGCGAACCUCGCCGGCCAGAACGCCACGUACAACGCCGUCGUGUACGAGCAGAUCUGGACCAACACGCGCCGGCUCCUCUCCUUCGACCGGGCCAAGUGAGCGAGCGACGAUCCUUAAUUUUAGCCUGGAGCGAUUAGGUUUUUGUCGGUUCAGGAUUUUUGGAUGUAAUAAGAGAAGAUUGCGGCCAUGCUAUCCGGGUUUUGGGGGUCAAA